AUUGUUGGAUUCAUUUAUGUACACGACGAUUCCAAAGUCUGAAAACAUCAAGAAGCCGAGGAGCAAGAGUGCAGAAAAAUGGCUUCUCCUCCUUGUAUUCAUGUUGUUCUGUUCCCUUUCAUGUCCAAAGGCCACACAAUUCCCAUCUUCGACCUUGCUCGCAUUCUUCUCAAUCGCAAAAUUGCCAUCACCAUUUUCACCACUCCUGCAAAUCGCCCUUUCUUCUCCAAAUCUCUUUCUAACACAAACAUAAAUAUCAUCGACAUCCCUUUUCCUGAAAAUAUAGAAGGAAUUCCCCCAGGUGUGGAAAGUACUGAUAAACUUCCUUCCAUGUCACUUUUUGUUACCUUUGCUAACGCCACCAAAUCUAUGAAACCCCAGUUCGAACAAGCCUUAGAAUCUCUUCCGCCAGUUACUUUCAUGGUCACUGAUGGCUUCCUCGGGUGGACUUUAGACUCUGCAAAUAAAUUUGGUAUCCCAAGAAUAGCUUAUUACGGCAUGAGCGCAUUUUCCUCGGCCAUAUCGCAUUCAGCUGCUUCAGUUCUUCACACAGAAGCGUCCGACGACGAGCCUUUUGCAGUCCCUAAUUUCCCUUCGAUUAAACUCACUAGAAAUGAUUUUGAUUUUCCCUUCAGAGAGCGUGAACCAAAGGGUCCCAUUUUCGAGUUCACCACGGAGGCAAUCAUAGCAACCUCUAAAAGCUAUGGUCUACUUGUGAACAGCUUUUACGAGCUUGAAUCUAUUUAUGUAGACUACUGUAACCGUACAUCUAGUCCUAGAAAAGUGUGCGUCGGACCAUUUUGUGCAGCGGUCGAACCACCAAAAGAACAACAGGAGAAGCCUUCAUACAUCAAAUGGCUUGAUGAAAUGUUAGAACAGGGGAAGCCAGUUUUGUAUGUUGCAUUCGGGUCACAAGCUGAACUAUCUCCUGAACAAUUCAAGGAAAUCAAAAUUGGGUUGGAGAAAUCUGAAGUUAACUUUUUUUGGGUAGUCAGGAGAAGCGCUAUAAGUGAACCCAAUGAAGAGUUCGAAAACAGAGUAAAAAACAGGGGACUGGUGGUUGCAGAGUGGGUUGAUCAAAGACAAAUCUUGAGCCACGGGAGCGUUCAAGGUUUCUUAAGUCACUGCGGUUGGAACUCGGUAAUAGAGAGCAUAUGCGCAGAGGUGCCAAUACUAGCAUGGCCAAUGAUGGCGGAGCAACACCUAAAUGCAAGGAUGGUAGUGGAGGAAAUCAAGAUUGGACUAAGGGUCGAGACUUGCGAUGGGUCAGUGAGAGGGUUCGUGAAGUGGGAAGGUUUGGAAAAGCCGAUAAGGGAAUUAAUGGAAGGAGAGAAAGGUAAAGAGGCAAAGAAGAAAGUGAAGGAGAUUUGUGAAGCAGCCAUUAAUGCAGUCAAAGACGGGGGAACAUCAUGGCAAGCGUUAAAUGAGCUUAUUCAUGAGUUAAGUGGAAGAGGACAAGUUUGAACAGGAGGCUAGCUUUUGUUUAGAAAUAAAUAAAAUUUAUGGGUUCAACCCACAGUUCAGUGCGGACUACAAUAUAUGCAUGGAUACUUGUAUUCUCUAAUUUCUCUGUAUGUUUCUGGAUCUGCAAAUCUUUAUUUGAAAAAGUUUACUGAGUUUUGCA